AUGCGCAGGACUGUUCUUGACGGACGUUAGAAAAAUACUGCAAAUUAAGCGCAUAAAUACAUAGACAGAAACAGACACACACACCGCAGACGUGCAGCGCUGAACAUUCGGUUUGCAGGCCCCCGUAGAAGAGCCGGAGCCCUGCGGCGCAGUGAAAAAUGACCGGCGACGUCGCGUGUCCGGCGGCUGAGGCGGCGCCCCGGCGGCGCAGCGAAAGUGGACACAAGGACACCCCGAAGGCCCCGGUUCUGUGUCUCAAAGGUAACGAGCAGAGGGCGUCUCAGGAUGACGAUGGCUACUCCACCAGGAACUUCAGCUUUGCAGAGGCUGAAAGCUCAGAUUCCCACUGCGACAUCCUGGAGGAGCACCUUUCUGCCGUGGAGGUGAACUGCAGUUUCUCGGCCAGUGAGCUGGCCUCCCUGUGCCACCAGAGUGUGGUGGUAACAGGCAGCCUGGAGCAGCAGGUCCACACAGAGAGCUUGGAAAGGGCAGCUCCCCUGGAACAGAGGGUGGCUGAGCUGGAGAAGCAUCUGGAAGCUGGAGCACAUACCCAUCUGCAGGAGUUCCAGGAGCAGUACACGAGGGACCUCAGGGAGACGAUCCAACUGUGUGAAACACUCAUGUCUGAGAAGGCAGCUGUGGCUGCUGAGCGGGACCUCAUUGAACAGGAGUUCUGUGCCCUACGUGAGGAGAACCAGACCCUGAGGCAGGAGAAGGAGCACCUCCUUCGGGACCUGCAGGAGAAGAGAGAAGUGGAGGAGUUCAGGGCUCUGGAGCAAGAGAGCACCAGGCAAUAUGAGGAGGAGCUGCUGUCUGAGAUCUCCUCUCUAAAGAAGUCAGCAGACAAAUCAGCAGCCUACAUUCAGAACCUUGAGGCUGACCUUGCUGCCAUGUCAGCCGAGCUGAAGCGGAAGGAUGAGUGGAUCGUGGAACUGCAGGGUUUGCGGAACAAGGAUUCGGCCCAGGAGAUCCGGCAGCUGAAGCGCUCUCUGGAGGAUGCGGAGACCCUGAGUCGGGACGCGAGGAAGGAGUGGGCAGUGUUGCGCACAGAGAUGGUAGCACUACGGGAGAAAGAGGUGGACAUGACAACCGGGUACACGAAGAUGGAGGCUGAGCUGCAGCGUCUGCGUGAGCGGCUGGAGCUGGAGAAGACGCGUUUUAAGAAGAUGCAAGCAGACCUCCAGAAGGAGCUUCAUAAGGUCUUCCAGGAGAAUGUCGAGCUCAGCUCUCUUGUAAGGGAAAGGGAUCACAGUGAUGUUGAAUCAGAAGCCCUCGUUAAUCUCAGGAAGGAGCUGGAGGGGUCCCAAGAGAGGGAGAGAACCCUGCAGGCCAGACUAGCCAAGCUGGAGUGCUUUUCCAAGUUGCCAGUGGAAGACAACUCGGUAAAACAGACAGGGGACCACACUGGGGAGCCCUGCCUGGGAAAGAGUUGUGUAGAUGCUAGUCUGGCAUGUGUAUAUGGGGAAGACCAGCAGGGGGCAGAGCAUGUCCAGGGCAUAUCCAUGAGCCAAGAAUGUGCUGGUGCUAUGGAACUGCAGGAGGAGGCUGGGGAAAAGCUGCAGCCUGAGAACCUGAGGGAGGAUGUGGAAACGACAAUUAAGGAUCCAGACUCUGUCCUGUGUGCGCAACUGCAGGAUGAGUUAGAGGACCUGCGGUCACACAUGACCUCUAUCACAAAGGAGAGAGACCAACUCCUGGAGGAAGUGGGGGUCCUGCAAGAGGAGGUGUCUCACUUUAGGAGACUGCUGCAGGAGAGUGAGAUGGCAGCUGUGCUCCAGCAGUGCUUGGACCUGGAGCAACCAUCCCAGGACAAGGGAGAACAGCCUGAGCUUCAACAGCAGAUUCAGCGACUGGGUGAGGAGCUUUACAGUGUAAAGGCAGAGAAGGAGCACCUGCAGGCCCGGCUGGAGUUGCUCAUAGGUGCGAGUCCAGAGGAGGUGGCUCUGCUUGAGCUGAGGAGGAGCAGUGUUGACCGUGGAGAACGGCGGCUGAGGAGCAGGCUGGAGCAGGCCAGGUCACAGCUGGAGGCGAUGCAGCAAAGCCUGGUAGCGCUAGAGGAGGCCCGUGCUGAAGCUGAGCACCAGGUCUCCACCCACAAGGAGGCGAUGCACCUCCUGCAGACAGAGCUCCAGGAGACUUGUGCCCAGCUGGAGCUGAAGAACACCACCAUUCGAGCUCUCGAGCAAAAACUGGCACAGGUGUGUGGAGCAUUGGGGCUGCAGAAGCCAAGGAGCCCAGAUUUCCAGAUGGAUCUGGAGAGGGCGGAUUUGUCCUCCUGCCAUCAGGAAGAGCUGGUGAAGCCAAUGGCUCUGGACCACCGAGAGGAGACUGUAUGGUCAGUGACGGAGGUCCUGGUCAGGCCACGGAAACCAGCUGACAAGUCCAUUGUGGAGACCAGCAGAGGGCGCACUGUCCUCAGCCCAUUGCUGACAGAGCGAGACGAGGUGAAACAGCUGAAGAGUGAUGUUCAUGAGAGUCAUGUGGCCGACCAGCGAGGACAAGCUGCCAAGUGGAGGCGGCGAGCCACAAAAUUGAAGGAGAACCGUAGCGAGAUGUCCCCCCACACGACACCCACUAGGAGGCGCUGCCUCAUCCUUUCUGAGGGCCACUUUUUCGAGUCGCCGAAGAGCAAGUUCUUUGAUGUACGUCACAACGCGGUGCACCUCAACCGCCCCCGGCAGUUCUUCGACAAUUCCAGCUUGGGGACCAUUCCCGAGGUGGCGUUCCCCCCUGCUGGGGCUGCUUGGGCACAUCUCAGAGCUCUGCAGAAGGACCUUGACACAACUGUGGAGGAGAAUGGCUCACCGUUGCCAUCUUCACCCAGACAGGACAACUGCAAAGCGCAAUGAGAACCGAGGUGCCCUUCCUGCCCCUUGUGUAUACAUAUUUUUAUGUACUUUUUAUAAAUUUUGUGUAUAAUAUCAGUGUAUAGCCUAAUUUCACAAUGUUUUAAAUGUCAAUUAAAAAAAA